UUCCCAGAAUGUACUGAGGCACACCGUGGUCAGAAGUCAUUAAACGUCCACAUUUAAUGGUUUAAUUUUCUCGAUUAAUCUAAACUAGCUUCAUUCUAUCUCUUCCGAUCAAACUCUGUUCACUCUCAUUAUCUCGGCCACCAUACAAAAAGAAGCUAUGGCUGCAGCAGCUGUGGGACAAGCAUUGCUCUCUGCUUCUUUGCAGACCUUACUGGAGAGGAUUACCUCCAGCGAGUUUCGAGAUUUCAUGAAAAACAGAAAGUUGAAUGUAUCUCUCUUGGAUGAGUUGAAGAUGACUUUGUUGAUGCUUGAUGCUAUCCUCAAUGAUGCAGAAGAGAAGCAGAUUACCAAUGAUGGAAUCAAUAAAUGGCUUGAAGAACUGAAAGAUGCUGUUUAUGAUGCAGAGGAUUUACUGGAUGAAAUCCACACGGAGUCUCUAAGAUGCAAGAUGAAGAAAGAUUCUCAAGGUGUCACAAACAAGGUGAGAUCCUUCUUUUCUCCUUCUUUUGGUCAAUUUUAUUUGGAGAUGAACUCCAAGCUAGAAGCAACAUCUCGAAGGCUUGAAAACUUUGUCAAACAAAAGGAUAUCCUUGGUUUGCAAAGUGUUAGCACGAGAGGGCAUAAAACACCUACAACAUCAUUGGUAAAUGAAUUUGUUGUGGUUGGUAGAGAGGAUGAUAAGGAGAAACUAUUGAAAAUGCUUCUGUGUGAUGAAGAUCCGAAGGGUAAUGCUAUAGGAGUGAUCACUAUUUGGGGUAUGGGAGGCUUGGGUAAAACUACCCUUGCACAACUCCUUUACAAUGAUAAGACUGUCCAGGACAAUUUUGAUUUAAAGGUUUGGGCCUGUAUUUCAAAUGAUUUUAACCUAUUCAGGUUGACCAAAAAUCUUGUUGAGUCCAUCACUUCAAAAGUCUAUAAUAGCACAGAUAUAGACUACCUUCGUGUUAAAUUAAGAAAUAGACUAAGUAAUAAAAAGUUUUUGAUAGUGUUGGAUGAUCUAUGGAACGAAAAGUAUAGUGAUUGGGAUGAUCUCAUAACUCCUUUUCACAGUGGAAGAAGGGGAAGCAAGAUCAUCAUAACAACUCGCCAGCAAAGAGUUGUUGAAAUCACACAUACAUUUCCCGUACAUAAAUUGAGUUGUCUCUCAGAUGAUAACUGUUGGUUUUUACUCUCCAAGCAUGCAUUUGCAAAUGAAGAUCCAAAUAAAUAUCCACAGCUAGAAGCAAUUGGAAGAAAAAUUGCAAGAAAAUGUAGUGGCCUUCCCAUUGCUGCUAAAACAAUAGGAGGUCUUUUACGUUCAAAAGUGGAUGCAACGGAAUGGAAUAAAAUUCUUAAUAACAACCUGUGGGACAUACCAAAUGAUGAUGUUUUACCAGCUUUGCGUCUGAGUUAUCUCGCUCUUCCAUCACAUUUGAAGAAAUGUUUCGCUUAUUGCUCAAUUUUUUCGAAAGAUCUGUUGUUGGAGAAAAAUAAAUUGGUCUUGUUAUGGAUGGCUGAAGGCUUUGUUCCUCCACACUCCCAUGGGAAGAAAACAUUGGAGGCAAAAGCAGAUGAGUGCUUCAAUGAAUUAUUGUCUAGGUCAUUCAUUCAACAAUAUGAAGGUGAUCCAAGAAAGUUUUUGAUGCAUGAUCUCAUCAAUGAUUUAGCCAAAGUUGUAUCGGGAAAGAGUUGUCUAUGGUUUGAAGGCAAUGAAAUUCCAAAAACUCUUCGUCAUUUAUCAUAUACUAGAAAACGGUAUGAUGGUGCCAAAAUGUUCGAGAAUUUUGAUCAGUUAAAUUGUUUGAGGACUUUUUUACCUCAAUCUAAGUAUGGCUGGGCGUUUCCAUCCUAUUUGACUGGAAAGGUGAUACAUGAUUUGUUGCCGAGAUUAAAACGCUUGAGAGUAUUAUCUUUGUCUUGUUAUGACAAUGUCAAUGAGUUGCCUGAUUCAAUUGGUGAUUUGCAGCAUUUGAGAUAUCUUGACCUUUCCUACACUCCAAUUAGAAGGUUGCCUGAUGCAUUUUUUAAACUUCACAAUCUGCAAACCUUGCUUUUAUCAUAUUGUAGGAAUUUCAUUGAAUUGCCAGAAAAGAUAAAAAAUCUUAUUAAUCUACGUCACCUAGACAUUAGCGGCACAGCUUUGGAAGAGAUGCCAACACAAAUUACAGAAUUACAAAAUCUUCAAAGUUUGAGUAGCUUUAUGGUGGGCAAACUAUCAAAUGGAUUAGGAAUUAAAGAGUUAAACAAACUUCCUCAUCUGCAAGGUAAACUUUCCAUUUUGAAGCUACAAAAUGUUGUGGAUUCAGAGGAUGCUUUAGAUGCAAACUUGAGGAGGAGAGAGAAAAUUGAGGAUUUAGUGUUAAAAUGGGACGGUGAUGAUACUCAAGAUUCACAGAUUGUGAAAAUGUUACUUGACAUGCUUCAACCUUCAACAAAUUUACAAAGACUGACGAUAGACUAUUAUGGUGGCACUAGUUUUCCAAAGUGGGUGGGUGAUUCUUCAUUUACAUAUAUUACCUUUUUAUCUGUCAGUAACUGCAAAUAUUGCUUUUCACUCCCACCGUUUGGACAAUUACCUUCUCUCAAAGAGCUCUUGAUUAGAAGAAUGGGAUUAGUACAGAUAAUUGGGCGUGAGUUCUACUACAACAGAGUUCAGCCCUCUUCAUUUCAACCAUUUCCAUUAUUGGAAAUUCUGGAAUUUGAAGAUAUGCCAGUUUGGGAGGAGUGGAUACCAUUUGAAGGUGAAGCUGCCAAAUUCCCUUUUCCUCAUCUUAGACAACUGCGUUUAUCUUAUUGUCCUAUGUUGAGGGGAGACAUGCCUGUGAAACUACCAUCAUUGACAAAGGUUUAUAUAUCUAAUUGUGAACAGUUGGAGGCAAAAUCAUUAUCUUCGCAAUGGAUCACAUCUAUUGAAGAGUUAAAAAUCUUACAAGGGGGACAAGGUUUAUUGAGAGCCCUUGAUGAUUAUUCUCUCAGCUCUCUAAAACAUCUGACAAUUCAAAGGUGUUACAAUUUGCAAUGUUUGCCGAGAAUGACAGUGAACUGCCACUGUCUCCAAGAGUUGUUUCUCUUUGGUGCCCCAUCAAUCAUGUUCUUCCCAACUGACAGUCUACCCACUUCUUUACAACGACUUCUAAUUCAAGACUGUGAGAAAUUAGAGUUCAUGCCUCAGGAAUCUUGGCGAAGCCAAACAUCAAUUGAAGAAUUGAUGAUUGAUAAUAGCUGUCAUUCCUUGAUAUCCUUUCCAUUAGAUUGUUUUCCCAGGCUUAAAAAACUUGUAGUUUUUCAAUGUCAUAAUUUGGAGACCUUUACAAAUGUUGGGAGGUCCAAUCUUUCCUUAGAAAAGUUAGCGGUCCACCAUUGUCAAAAACUUGGAUCAAUGUCAGAAGUACAUGUUAAUUCCCUUGCCAGCCUUCAAUUCUUUUCUCUUGAAUGGCUUCCAAAUUUGGAAUCAUUACCUCAAUGUGGCUUGCCUUCUAACUUGCGAUAUUUGAUCAUUCGUGGCUGCAAUGGACUAUCUCCAAUACCUUUUGAAAAUUGGGGCUUUCAUCGUCUGACUUCUUUGUCUCAGUUUGAGGUUGAAGGUAGUGGAAUUGAAAAUAUUCUCCAGAAUUUACUGAAGAAUCAAAUGAUGCCCACUUCUCUUGUGCGUAUGGUCAUCUCUGAUGUCCACAAUCUUGAAUUGUUAGAUGGAAAAGGGCUUCACCGCCUUACUUCUCUAAAGAGGCUCUCCAUUUAUGGCUGUCCAAAGCUUGAAUCCUUGCCAGAAGAUUGCCUGCCAUCCUCUCUUUUGUUUCUGAAUAUUUGGAGCUGUCCUAAAUUAGAAGCAAGAUACCAUUUUCAAGGAGGCAGACACUUGUCCAAGAUCACUCAUAUUCCCACCAUAAUAAUUAAUGGCGAAUACCAUGAUCCUUGGUACAUUCCAUCUAAAGGUUUGAGGAGAUGACAAAGCAGUAUAAUUAUGCUUUAAAUAAAAGGGAGAGAGAUAUGAUAUGCAAAGAAGUCAGGCAAAAGCUAACCCAGUUGUUGAGGUUAGACAAUAUAAAAGGAGCUCAGGAAGAAUUUCCUCCUCUUCAUUUAAGCCAUUUCCAUCCUUGGAGAUUCUUACGUUCGGAAAUAUGCCUAAUUAUUUGAAGGUCAAUAAUUAAAUCAUACAUUAAAAACAGGAGUAUAUUAUGAUCCUUGAGAUGUCGCAUUUCUUCAAAAGGCAUAUAUGAGAUGCGUAUGCUUGUCACAUUUGGGGGUAAUUCAAAAUGAUUGCAGAGCCUCCUUUAACAUGCCUGUCCUUGAGGAUUUUGUGGCAUCGAUCACCGUCUCAAGAUUGUUGUUUCAAGUGACUUGAUCUAAAGUUUCACAAGCAGAAUGUUAUUGGCUUUCAAUGAGCAUAGAAAUGGCCAAAUGUUUCUUGAAGAUGCCACAUCUUAGGUGAGGGAGCUUGUUGAAUUGCUCUGUUUUGAAGAGUCAUAUGAGGAACAAGGAAGGCGGG